AUGCAACGUAUUAAUGAAAAGCAACUAACUCAACAUUAUCUGAGCCACGACGUCCAAAAUGAAUUAAUUGCAUUAAUGUCUAAAUCAGUUAUUGAAGAAAUCAUACACAGAGUUAAACAAGCAAAAUACUGUGCCAUCUUGCUCGACUGUACCGGGGAUGUCAGCCGCGUUGAACAAAUGUCAAUAAUAUUAAGAUUUUGCAAUUCUUCAACUGGAGUAAUAGAGGAACAUUUUGUUGGGUUUAUUGCCGUCACAGAAAAAACGGGAGAAUAUUUAACAAAUUCCAUACUACAAGAACUGGAAAGAAAUGGUCUAGAUAUCCAAAACUGUCGAGGACAGGGAUAUGACAACGGCACCAAUAUGGUCGGUAUUCAUAAAGGUAUCAGAACAAGAAUACUUAAUAUAAACCCAAGAGUAUUCUUUACGCCGUGCGGAUGUCACAGUUGGAAUUUUCUUUUGAUGGAUGUAGCUAACUCUUCUACAACAGCCAAAACGUUUUUUGGCUUCAUCAAUAAAAUCUAUGUGCUGUUUUCAAAGUCAAAUAAGCGUUGGGAUAUUGUGAAAACGAAAUUAAAAUUGACAUUAAAAACUCUAUCUGAAACACGAUGGGAGCGUAGAAUCGGAGCAGUAAAAGCAAUAUUUUUGCAAUUUGAUGAUGUUAUCGAAUGCGUGAAUGACCUGAAAAAUGAAAGUGAUGAUUAG